UCUCUUCUGCCUGUCAACGGGGCAGUAGCAGCAUGCUACAGCAUCCAUUCCCCCUUCAGGGACACGCUAGAGCAUCCGACCCCACUACUGUGCCCCCAUGUUGUCAGCUACAGCUAGGGAUGUCCUCUGUCGACUGUCCACCUACCUGGAAGAACUCGAGGCUGGGGAACUGAAGAAAUUCAAAUUAUACGUGGGCACUGCCGAGGAACUGGGCCAGGACAAGAUCCCCUGGGGACGAAUGGAGAUGGCCGGUCCUCUGGACAUGGCCCAGCUGAUGGUGGCCCACAUGGGGACAAAGGAGGCUUGGCUGCUGGCUCUCAGCACCUUUGAGAGGAUCCACAGGAAGGACCUGUGGGAGCGAGGACAGAGAGAAGACCUGGUGAAGGUCACUCCGAAUAAUGACCCAUGCUCCCUUGAGAGCCAAUCAGCUUGCCUUCUGGAUGUCUCUCCCAGUGCGCUAAGGAAAGAUCCUCAGGCAACCUACAAAGACUAUGUUCGCAGGAAAUUCCGACUAAUGGAAGACCGCAAUGCACGACUAGGAGAAUGUGUCAACUUGAGCCACCGUUACACACGGCCUCUCUUAGUAAAGGAGCAUUCAAAUCCUAUCUGGGCCCAGCAGAAACUCUUGGAUACAGGAUGGGGACACGCCAGGGCCAGGGCCCACCAGGCUAGUCCUAUUCAAAUGGAGACCCUCUUUGAGCCGGACGAAGAGCGCCCUGAGCCACCAGGCACAGUGGUGUUACAAGGGGCAGCAGGAAUGGGGAAGUCCAUGCUGGCCCAGAAAGUGAUGUUGGACUGGGCCGACGGGAGGCUCUUCCAAGACCGGUUCGAUUAUGUCUUCUAUAUCAGCUGCAGGGAGUUGAACAGAAGCCAUGUCCAAUGCAGCGCACGCGACCUCAUGUCCAGCUGCUGGCCGGAGCCUGGCGCACCCCUCCAGGACCUCAUCCGGGCUCCUAACCGCCUCCUAUUCAUCAUUGAUGGCUUUGAUGAGCUUCAUCCUUCUUUCCAUGAUGCUCAGGGUCCCUGGUGCCUGUGUUGGGAGGAGAAACGACCCACAGAACUCCUCCUCGGCAGCCUGAUUCGGAAGUCGAUUCUUCCCCAACUCUCUUUGCUCAUCACCACACGACCCAGUGCCCUGGAGAAGCUACGUGGCUUGCUGGAACACCCCCGGCACGUGGAGAUCCUGGGCUUCUCCGAGGCAGAGAGGAAAGAGUACUUCUACAGGUAUUUCCAUAACACUGGCCAAGCGAACCAAGUGUUCAGCUUCAUGAUGGACAAUGAGCCCCUCUUUACCAUGUGUUUUGUUCCCAUGGUGUCCUGGGUGGUCUGUACCUGCUUCAAGCAGCAGCUGGAAAGUGGGGAGCUUUUAAGACAAACAUAUAGGACCACCACGGCGGUUUACAUGUUCUACCUUCUGAGUCUGAUGCAGCCAAAGCCAGGGACCCCAACAUUCAAGGUCCCAGCCAGUCAGAGAGGCCUGAUCUCGCUGGCUGCAGAGGGCCUCUGGAACCAGAAGAUCCUAUUUGAGGAGCAGGACCUUGGUAAACACAGCCUGGAUGGAGCAGACGUCUCCACCUUCCUCAACGUGAACAUCUUCCAGAAGGACAUCAAGUGCGAGAAAUUCUACAGCUUCAUCCACCUGAGCUUCCAGGAAUUCUUCGCAGCCAUGUACUGUGCCCUGCAUGGCAGGGAUACAGUGAGGAGAGCGCUGGCUGAGUAUGGCUUCUCAGAAAGGAACUUCUUGGCGCUCACCGUCCGCUUCCUGUUCGGUCUCCUCAACGAGGAGAUGAGAUGUUACCUGGAGAAGAAUCUAGGCUGGACCAUCUCACCCCAAGUCAAGGAGGAAGUGUUAGCUUGGAUCGGAGACAAGGCUCGUAGCGAAGGAUCCACCCUGCAGCGAGGCUCCCUGGAACUCCUCAGCUGCCUGUAUGAGGUUCAAGAGGAAGACUUCAUCCAGCGGGCCCUGAGCCACUUCCAAGUGGUUGUGGUCGGCAACAUCGCAACCAAGAUGGAGCACAUUGUAUGCUCAUUUUGCGUGAGGUACUGCAGGAGCGCGGUGGUGCUCCAUUUGUACGGGAGUGCCUACAGUGCAGGCGCAGAGCGGGACCAGCCACAGCCAGAACCUUCCGGAGCACCAUCUGAACACUUACAGGCGGGGAACACACUUCCGGACGUCUACGGUGCAUACCUCUCAGCAGCCGUCUGCACCAAUCCAAACCUGAUCGAGCUGGCCUUGUACCGCAAUGCCUUGGGCAGCCGGGGCGUGCGGCUGCUCUGCCAAGGCCUCAGACAUGCCAACUGCAAGCUUCAGAACCUGAGGCUGAAGCGGUGUCAGAUCGCUGGAUCAGCCUGUCAGGAUCUUGCAGCAGCUCUCAUCGCCAACAGGAAUUUAAUCAGGCUGGACCUCAGUGGCAACAGCAUUGGGGUGCCAGGCCUGGAGCUGCUUUGCAAGGGGCUGCGGCACCCGGGGUGUAGGCUGCAGAUGAUCCAGCUGAGAAAGUGCCAGUUACAGGCUGCAGCUGGUGGACAGAUUGCCUCUGUUCUUUGCAACAACUCACAUCUGGUGGAGCUGGACCUGACUGGAAACCCCCUGGAGGAUUUGGGACUGAAGUUGUUGUGUCAAGGGCUGAGGCACCCGGCCUGCAAGCUGCGCACUUUAUGGCUGAAGAUCUGCCACUUCGGACAGGCUGCCUGUGAAGGUCUAGCCUCCAGCCUCAGCAUGAACCAGACCCUGAUGGAGCUAGACCUGGGCCUGAAUGACCUUGGGGAUCCUGGGGUGCUUCUGCUGUGUGAGGGCCUCAAGCACCCAGAUUGCAAGCUCCAGACCCUCCGGUUGGGCAUUUGCCGGAUGGGCUCAGACUCAUGCGCAGGGAUUGCCCGUGUGCUCCAAGUCAACUCUUGCCUUCGAGAACUGGACCUGAGUUUCAAUGAUGUAGGAGACAGGGGCCUGCGGCUGCUGGGGGAAGGGCUGCAGCACCCAGCCUGCAGACUCCAGAAGCUGUGGUUGGACAGCUGUGGCCUCACAGCUAAAGCAGGUGAGGAGCUUUCUUCCAUCCUGGGAUCCAACCAGACGCUGACUGAGCUUUAUGUGACCAACAAUACUCUGGGGGACACAGGUGUCCGGCUGCUGUGCAGGAGGUUGAGACAUCCAGGCUGCAAACUUCGAGUCCUGUGGCUGUUUGGAAUGGACCUGAACAAAAUGACCCACAGGAGGCUGGCAGCACUUCGACUCACAAAACCAUACUUGGAUAUUGGGUGCUGAGCUGAGCUGGGGCAUCAGAAUGGAGGCCCCCCAGGACCUUUAUUCCCUCAGACAGCUGGGAUCCAGCGGCUGAGAGACAGAACUUUGUGUGUUUAGUUUCUCAGGGUGAUAGUCAUGCCUGUGCUGGAAAUCACUUUGUGUUGUAACCCAUCCUUGUGGGGCUUCAGUUGGAUCCAGCAGACUUGCCUGCUUCCUACUGGAGAGGGUGAAUGUGGAUUGAGAAAGGGCAGGUGAAGACACCUUAAGAAAAAGACAAUGACCAGGAUAAAGUCAGGAGUGCAAUCUACUGGACACCCCAAGUUUGUUCUUCGGCAUUAUAUACCCCAUCCAAAAAGGGGUACAUGGCAAAAGACUUCUUUAUCGUGUGUAAGGAAAAAAAAAAAAAAAAAAAAAAAAACAGACUUUCUACCUUAAUUCUCCAAACAUUUGGCAACCACACCCUAGACUCAACUGCUCCUUAUCUGACCUUGAGGGUCAAGGGUAACCAUACCUCAGACAAAGUCUGCCAUUUAGAGAAGAUAUCCACUACCAAGAUCGAGCAUCCUACAAUAAACCAGCCAGGCCUUAGACCUUUAGGCCUCAUGACUUUAACCUUGGAAGACUCAGGACAGUUUUAAUGCUCUGACCUUAAGCAAAGAUGAAGCAGAGCCAUCUUUAUGGGCCCUGACAACUUUGUACACCAGGCUGUCGUAGAACUCAUUCCAUCCUCCUGCAUUUGCCUCCCAAGUGCUGGGAUUAAGGACCAGCCUCUGCCAGAUGGGUGUAGUCAAGAGGAUUAGGAACUCAAGGUCAUCCUGGGAAUCAGAAACCAGAGGGGGCUCCUGUCUUGGGGCUGGAGGCCCAGAAAGUGCAGGUUGAGGGAAAUGUUUGCUGUGCUUGAGCCAUAAACACUCAAGCUUUCAGGAGCUCUUUGGAUUUGAUGUGAACUCCAUGCAGAUCAUUUUAGCAUGGGGAAUGGCUGGUCAAGAAUUUUAAAGCCAGUAAUAAGAGAACAGGGAGACACAGAAUUUGGCAUACUGGAUUUUUCAGCUGCUCACUGGGCCAAGACUCCCAUCUACUGGCCGCAGUCUGAAACUACAGGUUAAAAAGGGCACUUACUCCACUUACUUGGAGAUGGUGGGGGUUGUUAGAGACAAGGUUUUUGUGUAGCCUUGGCUAACCUGAACUUGCUCUGUAGACCCACAAAUAUUUGUAUACAGUACAAACUUUCCUGAGGCUAUUCAAGAACUAGCAAGCAAUAACCCAUAAUCCUUGCAGAUAUAUGGACGGGUGGCCCACACUUCCCUGGCUAGGUGUCCCAGUCAAUACAUGUUAUUUUCAUCUAUUUUUCUACUUCAUGUGCCAACUAGAACAGAAACACAAAAGAUCCAAAGUGGGCUGGGGCUGUAGGUGCAAGGUUGCAGAGGCCUUAGAUGAAGUAAGACCCAGGAUUGUUUGUAUCUUCUACCCACACAAAUGAGGCUUAAGUGGAAUGGGCUGCACAUCUAGAUCAGCUUCAAGAUACACUGCCUUGCUAGCAUGCAUGAAACCCAGGACUCUCUUCUGUCCUUAGGAGCUAUAUAGACUGCAUGCCAAUGGUUAACUAACGUCAGGGAUGAAAAAAAUGUUUACAAGGACUGUGCAUGGUGGCUAAUGCUUUAUGAGAUGAAGGCAGGUCACUGAAGACCAGGCAGAGAUAAACAGGGAAGCCCAGGCUAAAAGCAAUUGGCAAAGGGAGACAGAUUUGAGGGAAGGCAGGUUUGACUUCCUGUAACUGCAGGAGAGCUUAUCUUAUAGCCAUGCUAGCUCCAGGCAUCAGUAUACUAAUGGUUAAGGGCAGAAACUUGUGAAGGAGCCUGCCACUAAGCACAGGAACCAACAUGUUUGGCAAAUGACCUAUGACAUGGAUAGUAAACAUGCACAGGCAGCACCAAGUUUAAAAAUGUAGCCAAAUAUUGUCACACCGGUAAGAGUUAAAACCCAAGAAGAAGUCAGGUCAACCUGUACCAUCCCUCCACCCCA